GUAGAUAAUGCGUAAGCGUUCUGCGACGCUUCGAAAGGCCAAGGCUCGAGGAGGCUGAGGUGACACUUUUGUAUAUGUUUAAUUGAAGGGAAAAGCCGUAUGCCUGCACUUCACCACCGUCGAUGUACGCCGCAGCCCCUUUUAUGACUGCGCUCUACAACGAUGUCAAGGAUCGCCUACCGCUGUGGAACACGGAAUACGCCGAUCUCGCAGGCACCACUGUGAGGGCGGUGACGAGUACGUGGGUGAGUCCGGAGAAGAAGAAAGACGCGAAAGUUUUCUUAGGCGUGGAGGCCAACACGCGCGCAGUCAUCACUCCGGAGGUUGUUGCGCAGUGGGUGCAACACGUAGCGCGCUUCUACAGCCAGCAAGUGACGGGGGAGUUCCUCUGUUAUCUGUGUUUCAUUGAUGCGGCGGGAUCGGUGUCCUACUACGCAUGUGAGACCGCGACAGUGGACUCGUAA